AUGGAGCGCGGUGUUACCGUGCAGGUGGUGAAGCUGGGCAAGGGGGAGGGACGCUACGAGCUGGACGAGGAGGCGCUGCGCCGCGUGCUGCUGCGGGAGGACGUGCGGGGCCUGCCCGUCGUGGUGGUCAGCGUCGCUGGCGCCUACCGCGGCGGCAAGUCCUUCAUACUCAAUUUUUUCCUCAGAUACCUCAAGGCACCUCGUGACAAUCAGGUGAAUGGGAACUGGUUGGGGAGCGAGGACGAGCCACUAAGAGGGUUUCACUGGCGAGGUGGAUGUGAGCGAGAUACUACGGGCAUCCACCUGUGGUCGGAGCCCAUCAUCACGACAACAGAGAACGGCAAAAAGGUGGCCGUGCUGCUGAUGGACACACAGGGCACCUUCGACUCGGAGACCACGAUCGGCCAGAACUCGACGAUCUUCGCGCUGUCCACCCUCAUCUCGUCCGUGCAGAUCUACAACCUGACCGGCAACAUCAAGGAGGAUGAUCUACAAAAUUUACAGCUGUUCACGGAGUACGGCAAGCUGGUGAGCGAGACGCAGGACAAAGCAUUUCAAACGCUUCUAUUCCUCGUCAGGGACUGGGCGAAUGCCUUCGAAUAUCCUUACGGUUACACUGGCGGCUCUGCGUUUCUACGGAAAAGACUUCAGCUGAAGCAGAACCAGAAAUCAGAAUUGCGGCAGGUCCGUGAGCAUCUGCAUUCGUGUUUCGAAGAUAUCAAGUGUUUCCUCAUGCCGCAUCCAGGGCACUGUGUUGAAGAUCCAAACUUUGAUGGCUGUUUACCUGACUUGACUGAAAACUUUCGAGCAGCACUUUCGAAGUUAGUGCCUUCACUGUUCGACCCAAAAUAUCUCACUCCAAAGUACAUCAGCGGCGAACUAGUCACAACUCAAGACUUGUUCGAGUAUUUCCAAAAAUAUGUCAAUAUUUUCAACAGCAGUGAUGUGCCUGAAGCAACUACUAUCUACCAGGCGACGGCGGACGCGUGCCUGCUCUCGGCGACGCGCGAGGCGCGCGACCUGUACUCGCAGCACAUGGAGGCGCGCGUGCGCGACGGCGUCAGCGUCAGCAGCGCCACGCUCACUGCCUGGCACGAGGCCGCGCGGGACUUAGCCUUAAAGCGCUUUACAGAGAAGAAGAAACUGGCUGCACAAGCUGACAUCGAUGCUCAACAUAAUGAACUCACCAAGGAAUUGGAUACCUUACUCUCACUGUACUUGUGGAACAACGACAUAAAGGUUCGCGACACGAUGGGCAACGCCACAAAAGCGUACGAGGUGGCAGUGAGCCGCGUGUCUGCGGAGCACGCGCGCCUGUGCCUGCACCCGCGGGACAUGGCCGACCUGCACGCCGAGGCGCUGCGCCAGGCGCUCGCAGUCUUCGAUGGCGCAAGAGAGGUGCCCGAAGGUGAAGAAGACGAUAGAAGAUUAGAAUUGAUUUGUAGGUUGGAGCAGCGCUACGAGCACUUGUGUGUCAUCAACGAGCAGAACAACAAGAGCAGCGUGAUGGAGGCUCGGGAGGUGUACGUGAGGCGAAUGAAGCUGGAGAUGGACCAGUCGGGCGUCAGCCCCGCGCGACUCUCCCAGCAGCACCAAGAAGCUGUCGAAGUUGCUACAAACUCCUUCUAUACAAUGAGGAGCCUCUCCACUCGGCGAGAAGACGACGCUCACUUGCAGCGACUUUUACAGGAAAUCGAAGACUGUUAUACUGAGUUUAAGCAGGGGAUAAUAAAGAGUAACAGGAUGUUGAGGCAGAUGGCUGAAUAUGCAUACAACAACUAUAUAAUGUCAGCGUGGGGCCCGCAGACGUGCUGCUUCCACCCGCGCGCGUUGGAGGACUUGCACAACGAAGCUAUUACUGAAGUCAAUAAACAGAUAUAUGGAGGAAGCAAUGAGGAUGAAGACAAGGCAGCCAUUAUGGAACUCCUGAGAAGACGUUUUUCUGAGCUGCAAUUAACUAACGAAUAUAACAACGACCGAGCGGUAGAACACGCCUACAAUACGUAUUUAAUGAAGAUGGACAAGAUCACGCGGCCUUCAGGAGUCCCCGCGCUGGUGUUUGCAUUCUUCACUAUACUACAGUUUUCUCUGGCUUUCCACCACGAAGAAACCAAACGAGUUGCGGUGCAAGAGUUUAAUCACAGGCGUCGUGGUACACCGUACGAUCAGGAUCCAUAUUACGACCGUCUAGUGCAGAACAUCGAUGCGGCUUAUGGAAACUACAGUAGUCCAGUGAUGACCUUCUUGAGGGAACUAGGAUUUUACAGAGACCAAGCCCCUGCUUUAGGUGCCAGCUAA